AUGAAUCUCCCCUGGAUCCAAGCUGUGCGGAUCGUGCAGAUCAUCUUCGGCUUGAUCGUGGUCGCUUUGACUGCUUAUGUUAUCAGUUCCUUCUACGACUGGUGGUCCCUAUCCGACACAGUAAACUACCUCCUCUUCCUAGGCUGCUGGACAGCAUUCGUCGCGACGCCCUACCUCGGUGCAGCCCCGAUAUUCUUCCCUCGACUGGCGCAUCGCUUUGUGAUUCCCGCUGUCGAGAUCAUUACGAUGAUCUUCUGGUUCGCGGGCUUUAUUGCUCUUGGUGCUGAGCUUCCUCCGCCUCGGUACUGUCAUUAUAGUACCUGUCGGGCUCUUCAGGCUGUUACUGUCUUUGGAGCUUUUGAGUGGGUUCUUUUCUCUGUGACUACUUAUUUUGCUGUGGUCGAUCUUAUGAAUCAUCGUCGUACGGGCGAGAGUGCGACGAAGACCCAGCAUAAUGCACACCUUGGGGUUUGA